AUGGUGACAAUUCAGGUGAUAGAGCAGAUCCAGGCAAUAGACUCUCACCUUGCACGUCCUCUUCGUUCGAAACUGAGCACACUGGCAAAGAACUUGACGCAAAUCAAUGAGAAAAUUGUUGGAAUGAAGAUUCCCGUAGCAUCAUUGCUGGGUAAGCUGCAACAUUCUCAGGCUUUGCUCUCGGAAGAUUUACGGGAAAGCUUACACAAAGCAGCUCGGCAGCAACUGCAAGAGAUUGUGGCCAACGUCGACGCUUACGUCGAUCACGUUAAGCAUGAGAUGCAGCGCGAGGUAUCAUCAUGUGCACCCAUAAAGGAGAUUCUCUCGUCAUCAACGGCUGCGGUCUGUGACCAUGCUAUCGACCCCAUGAACGGGGUUUGGAUGGCAAUGCUUAUUAGUCUGUUGUGUCUGAUACCAGUUGUUGUGAUCUCGACCUCUCUUGUAAAUCUAUACGACAAAAUGCAUUCCUAUCCGAAAUACGUCGUUGAAACUCCGCAGGACAAUCCUCACAUGUCUUCUUUUAUUACGGAUAUCUAUGAAACAAGGCAGAAACCGUAA